AUGAUGAAUUCGGCGUUUCGAAACGUUCACAUCACUGCGUCUCGUUUGAUAAACCCUAACCCCAUUGCCUCUUCAAUUCUCCAUUUUCUUCCUCUCUAUUCCGGCGAAGCUGCUCCUCGGCGUUCAACUCCUCUCCACCGUCGAAACGCAGUAAUUCCUUCGUUUUCCGCCCUUUUUUGCUCGUCUUCCUCUUCUUCUGUCUACAUUCCUAUGGCGGGAGGAGGUGAUCAGGUUCUUCCACCAUCGUCUCACUCGCUUGAGAAGCAGUUCGAGAGUUUCCGCGUUCAGCUGGAAGAAUCCGCAGCUUUGCGUGAGCAGAUCCGUGCUGUGGUUAUGGAGAUUGAGUCGGCCACGAGACUCAUUCAAGCUAACCUCCUUCUCGUUCAUCAAUCGCGACCUAUUCCCGAGGUUAUCGAGAAAGCCAAGGAAAAAAUCACUGACUUGAAGCAGUUUUACGCCAGGCUCGCUGAAAUCCUUCAGAAGUGUCCUGGACAGUACUAUAGGUACCAUGGGGACUGGAGAAGUGAAACACAGGCAGUGGUCUCACAGCUUGCGUUUAUGCACUGGCUAGAAACUGGAACUCUUCUUGUGCAUACGGAAGCUGAAGAAAAACUUGGGUUGAACAGUUUGGAGUUUGGAUUGGAGACGGAAGAUUAUCUGACUGGGAUUUGUUUCAUGUCAAACGAUUUGCCUAGGUACGUGGUCAAUCGAGUGACAGCAGGAGACUAUGACUGCCCGAGAAAGGUGAUGAAUUUCUUGACGGAUCUUCAUGCAGCCUUCCGCAUGCUCAACCUCAGGAACGAUUUUCUGCGCAAGAAAUUCGAUAGUAUGAAGUAUGACCUAAGAAGAGUCGAAGAAGUUUACUAUGAUGUUAAGAUCCGAGGUUUGAUUUCUGGUGGAGAUCCUCCUGCAGUCCAAGGCCAAUCCUAA